UGUUCCACCCCCACCUGGAAUUGAAGAGGAAGCUGCAGAAAAUGGCGUUGCAAAAACGAAGGUGGCAGAGGCUGAGGAUGACAGUGAUAGUGACGAUGAAGAUGAUGUUCAAGUCACCAUAGGGGAUAUUAAAACAGGAGCUUCACAGUAUGGGAGCUACGGAGCGGCACCUGUGAAUCUCAACAUUAAGACAGGAGGACGAGCUUAUGGAUCUUCUGGUGCAAAAGUGAAAGGGGUGGAUCUAGAUGCACCAGGGAGUAUUAAUGGUGUGCCACUUCUGGAAGUAGAUUUAGAUUCUUUUGAAGAUAAACCUUGGAGAAAGCCAGGGGCUGAUCUCUCUGAUUAUUUCAACUAUGGGUUCAAUGAAGAUACCUGGAAAGCUUACUGUGAAAAACAAAAGAGAAUACGAAUGGGUCUUGAAAUUCUACCAGUUACCUCAACCACAAAUAAAAUUACGGUACAGCAGGGCAGAACUGGACAUUUGGAGAAAGAGUUGGCAGUGCAUUCGGCCAAAGCUGAAUUCACAUCUCCUCCUGCCUUAUUCAAAUCAGGAAUUCCAACAAACAGGCGAUUACCUGGCGCAAUAGAUGUGAUCGGACAGACCAUCACUAUCAGCAGGGUGGAAGGACGACGGCGUGCUAACGAAAACAGCAACAUACAGGUUCUUUCAGAACGAUCUAAUCCUGAAGUAGACAAUUUUACCAAGCCACCUCCAUUUUUCCCUCCAGGAGCUCCACCUACCCACCUUCCACCACCUCCUUUUCUCCCACCCCCUCCAACUGUCAGUACUGCUCCACCUCUGAUUCCCCCACCAGGUAUACCAAUAACAGUGCCACCACCAGGCUUUCCACCACCACCUGGCGGCCCUCCACCUUCCCUCAUACCCACAAUAGACAGUGGACAUUCUUCUGGCUAUGAUGGUCGCUCUGUCCGUGCAUUUUCAUAUGGCAGUGUCACCUUUCCGCACCUUGCAGGUUCUGCUCCUUCGUGGCCUAGCCUUAUGGACACCAGCAAACAGUGGGAUUACUAUGCACGAAGAGACAAGGAUAGGGAACGUGACAGAGAGCGAUCCCGAGAUCGGGAUCGCGACCGGGAGCGAGACAGAGAUCGAGAACGUACCAGAGACAGGGAAAGGGACCGAGAUCACAGCCCAACUCCAAGUGUGUUCAACAGUGAUGAAGAACGAUACAGGUACAGAGACUACGCAGAAAGAGGCUAUGACCGUCAUCGAACAAGUAGAGAGAAAGAAGACCGACACAGAGACAGGAGGCACAGGGAGAAAGAAGACACCAGACACAAGUCAUCUCGAAGUAACAGCAGACGCCGUCAUGACAGCGAGGAAGGGGACAGCCACAGAAGGCACAAACACAAAAAAUCCAAAAGAAGCAAAGAAGGAAAAGAAGCCAGCGGUGAACCUGCUCCUGAACAGGAAAACACUGAAGCUGCCCCUGUGGAAUAGGCUUGUGUGGUUUUUUUUUUUUUUACCUGCAUAUAUAUUAGUGCCAGAAAUAGAUUACUAUAAAUCUUAUUUUUCUGGGUAUUAAAAUAAUUUGUUCUUAAUCUUGUCUGUUAGUUUGAAAUCAAAGGUUACUUUGGGUUUUUUUUUUUUUGAAAAUAAAAGACUGAAUUUUUCAUGUUAAGA